AUGGAUGUCUCCAAGUUAAUUUCUCUUGUUCAAAACUACACCGAGCUGUACAACAUGCGUCAUCCUGAAUAUUUUAACGUCAAUAGAAGAGAGAACUGUUGGGAAGAAAUCGGUGCAAUGCUGGGACAAGCAGGUUCAGACUGCAAGGAACGUUGGGUAAAGAUACGAGACUGCCAUCGCAAAGCACUUCAACGGCGCAGGACAAAAAGUGGCCAGGCAGCCAAGAAAAUAAAACCUCCCAUAUAUGAAAAGGAGCUUGCAUUUUUAGUGCCUUAUCUUGUUGAUGACGACCAGCGUACAUCCAACUUCGCUCCCAGCGUAAAUUCUACUGAAGACAAAGCUGGUGGCAUUGAUGAGGACGAAGAGGAAGUGUUAAACGACACAGAAGACAGUUAUCCUGCGUCACUGUCUACAUCCCCACUGCUUGCUCAGAUGGUGUGGGGGCAAUGCGAAGUCCGAGGCAUGUCUAGUGUUGUGCUGGUGCAGAUCUGA